AUGAUCCAUAGUCAGGUGAUUUUGCUGUUGAUCGUUGGAAUGGCCACGAUCGGAAUCGGUGGCAUUUACGUGGUCGAGAAUGGUGGGAAAAAGUCGUUCAUCCGGCUCGGAGCACAUCACUGGACUGAUGGAGCGGAAGACUGUGGUCUUUGGUCAAGCCUGCUGGAGGAGUAUACCGUUGGGCUGAACCACAGCACCUCCGGCGCGUCGAGGGAAAGUCGGGUAAUGCAGGCGACCGUCGUGGGGCCGGCGCCAGCCCCAAAGUACAUUCCCACCUCCAGUUUCUACAUCAACAAACGCAUCGGUGAGGCACUCGAACUCGAGACCCAACCUCAGCCACAGCAGCAGCAUCCGCAUCGGGCCGUACCACCGGUGGGGAAAGUAAUCGCCGGAACCGGAGCGGGUGGUCGGUACGGUGACAAUCAGCUCGGUGGCCAUGGGGCAACAUUUACACCGAUGCGGCAAACCUUUGGUGGUGCCACCCCAACCGAACUGCUCGCUUCACCUCGGGAGGUUUCCGAGACGGAUCUGUAUCUGCUGGGGGCGAUCGAGAAACUGGUCUACCGGGUGGAUUAUAUGGAGAAUCGGUUACGCCGGGCCGAACAGAUCCUGUACUUUUUAAUGGCGGGAAACACUCAGAAGCAGGAACCAUGCCCUCAAAACUUCACGCAGGUGCACGAUCGGUGCUACCAUUUCGACAUCGAGCGUGGGUUGAACUGGAAAUCCGCCAGCACGAUGUGUAAAUCGUACGGUGCGCAUUUGGCCGAGUUCGAGACGGUGGCCGAGUUUCAGGAUGUGGUCGCGUACAUUCUCAACAAUCCGGUGAACCGCGGGAAGGACUUCUGGUUGGGUGGGCUUAACCCCGGGUUGCUGUGGAUUUGGGCCAACUCCGCUAAACCGGUCAAUCCGAACACGAACCUGAGCUCGAUCACGACCGCACCAAAGCCACCGUCGGCGAAGGGCUCUACCAACUCGACGAAACUCAGCGAUCAGCUGGAGGCUACGAAAAUCGUUAACAACGCGUCGAAACAUCCGACCCUUGAGAUCACGGGCAGUGGCCGUUGUCUUCGGUUGAGCUACAAUUCAGCCCUCUACACGUACGGGUACCGGGGCGAGGAUUGUUCUGCGCAGUUUAGCUACGUGUGCGAGCUGAAGGAUAAGUCACUCGACAACGAAAUCUCGAGGAUAGCGAAACGGCUUCAGCUUGGCGAUGGCGAUGUGUCUUAG